UAAGUAUUGAAUGGGCCUUCUCUGGGGUCUGAAAUAACUUAUAUGUUUCACAGAUUUGCAAGUCAUGCCCACCUAAUGGGUUUUUGGAAGCAAAUAGAGCUAGCCACCCUCAACAUUAUACGAGUUACCAGGGCACAGAGCUUCACAAAGACUGAUCAAGUCCCUCACUCUGCCAGUGCAACGGUUCUUCAACCAAUUGAUGAGUUCUUCCUGUUCAUGAACUACCUGUCAUUUAGACUGAUGCAAAAGGAUUUGGCCCACAGAUUUAGAAUACAUCGGUCAACUGUGAGUCGCAUUGUUAACACCUGGGCCAACUUCCUUUAUACUGUAUUGGGAGCUGUGAAUAUUUGGCUAGAUGAAGACACUGUGAAAGCUCACCUCCCAGAUGUGUUUCAGGACUACGCUGACACUCAAGUUAUUUUAGAUUGCACAGAACUGCGAUGUCAAACCCCAAACUCCCUUCUCCUCCAGAGCGAGGUGUUUUCCACCUAUAAAUCACACUGCACAUUCAAAGGUUUGAUUGGGAUAGCCCCUCAUGGUGCAGUGACCUUUGUGUCUUCGCUUUAUCAAGGUGCCACCAGUGAUAAAGAGAUCUUAAAGCAGUCUGGCAUUGUGGUCCUCCUUAAACCAUCUAUGGCCAUCAUUUUGGGCAAGGGUUUCCUUGUGGAAGACUGUGUACCAUGCAAAGUCCAUAUACCCACAUUUCUGUCAAAGAGAGCUCAACUGUCUAGGUCAGAGAUCAGAAAGACACAGUCUAUUGCAAGACUGAGAGUCCAUGUAGAGCGUGUGAUUCGCAGAGUCAAAGAACAUAAAAUAGCACAGUGAUUCCUCUUUCAAUCACAGGCAGCAUAAAUCAACUUUUUGCUGUUGCCUGUCUUUUGGUGAAUUAUCAAGAUGGUCCCUUGGUGAAAGCCUGGGCAAGCAAUUGCUAAUCUCAAUCCAGGAUUAGACAGAUGAUAAAAUAAUGUGUAUAGUUCUUAUCUGUGAAGAGACUUGCAUCUCUAACUUCAAAAAGAUCCCUUUAGGUCAUGCACUGCACUGUAAAUAUAGUUUGUGUUAAGAUACAGUGGC